AUGGCGCCAGGUCGUCAAACGAGAAAGCUUCUUGCUGCCUGCUUCGCACAGCAGAUUUGUGCGGAGGUUUACUACGCCCUAGCGUCCUCACAGAAAUCUCCGUUUCUCGGAGAUGCUAUCGCGAAGCACAAGGGGAUUGUGCGAGAGGACGAGGUGCUCGGUGGUCAUGGAGAUGCUUUCUCAACAGACGGAUCGCCGCCCGCAGGAGAAUCCACGCGGGACACCGAUAUUUCACCCAAAAUGGAUUUGGAUUAUAAAAACGACUGGGUACAGGUCGGGGCGGCGUCGCCGCUCGGAGGGCACAAGGGGCAAGCGGUGUUUGAGUCAGUGCGUGGCAACGGAGCAGGAGCGACGCCGUCCACCUCGGCCGGUUCCUCCCCCGCAUCAUCGGCUAACCAUGGCGGUAGCACAAAUAAAAGCCCGACGGUAUUGCAAUGUACAACCAACGAAGGAGGUAGAAAGAAACAGAAACCCCUCGACAAGCGGCGCAAACCUUCUCUAAAGGACAAGAUCACUCCCUUCGGCUACCGCGAUGUUUUAAACACGUUCGAGAACGCGCCGGUUGAGGUGAUCGGCGAGAUUCCGAGCUGGCUGUUUCGGGACGGGACCUUUUACAAGCAGUCCGGGGGCGCCUUCGCGCUGCCCGACGACCCGAGCGGCACCGGGCCCGACCCGUCCUCCCAGAUGCUCGACGGGCUGGCCCACGUGGCCGCGUGGCGGUUCGCGGCCAACCCGCAUGGACACGGCCCGGAGGUGCUGUUCAGCAACAACUUUCCGGACACGGAGGCCUACGACCUGUGGCACGAGAGCGGCGGGGUCAACCGGGAGUUCGCCGGCACCGCGGGCGGCAAGCAGGUCUACCUGUUCAAUCCGAACGUGAAUUUUCAGCGCUGCGAAGACAACAAGAUCGCGCCCUGUUUGAUUGAGGCGCCCCUGCCGGUGCGCAUGGUCCCGAUGGACCCGCAGACCCUGGUAACGGUGGAGAAAAGCCGCAACAUGAACGACCUGCUGGAAUCCGCGCAGGACUGCACAGGAGGCGGUCCGGAGAGUGGUCCAGGCUGCAUUUCGGCGACGUCAGAUGGAAAAAAGCCGCCGUCUUCAUCCUCCUACACCGGCGAAAAUUUAGAUGGUGAACAAGCUUCAUCCGCCGCCACCAGCAGUUGCCGCAGCUCCGGCGCUGAUGUUGGAACUGAAGAUGGCUGUUCACUUGUUCUGCCUUCUGAGCAAGUGCUGGGACGGAGAGGACAAGCAGAUGAUAGUGUGAGGAAAGAAGAAGAAAAGAGGAGCGCCGCCGAUCCUUCAGGUGGCAAAUACGUCCACGAUCUGGUUUUCCUCGCUUCCCAUCAACUCGAGGCGCCGAACCGUCAAAACUACCACCUCGCGUAUUACCUAACUCCGGGGAAGGAUUGUGCACUGGGCUACCGCGUUUACAAACUGUGUCACGAUGACAAAAAUUCAAGCGGGGGAGCGGAAGGACAGGAGGAAGUUGCUGGCGAAAGCGUGAACUCCGGCUCGAAUCGCUGUUGCGAGGUGUUGGCGGACGACAAGCUGUGUCAAACCGAUUUCCCUACGCUGUUCCGCAAUCUGAUUCCGCAUGAGAAAUGCCCCUGCAUGAUGCACACCACCAUCGAGACGGAAAAAUACCUGAUCAUCCCGGAAACGUCGCUCCGCUGGAGACCGGGACUCACGCUGCAAAGCUCGACGCUCGGUAUAGUAUCUGGCGAAUCAAUGAUCUUUGUGUGUUUGAAGUUCGGUGCAUUUCUGAUUGGCUCGUGUUUGACAGAUGAGGGGUAAGUACCACAUUCAUACUUUCUCAAAAAUGUCGGCCAAGGACUACACAGGUAACCUGCCGAUCAUUGGCAAGCGGUGGCGGGUGCCGUUUUUCAAGCAGUUCGAGUACAAGAAGGACAUUCCGCUCGCGUUUCGGGUGUACGAGAAAGGUUCGGACGCGGAAACGAAAAAAGCCCGGGUCAGGUUCGUCUGUCGCGUCGAGGCGGCCCACGACGGGCACCUGUUCCACGUGGCCAACGCCUUUGACCACGACGAGAGCGGUGGUGGCUGCAGCCGCGUCACCUUCGAUUCCGACUUUCUCAACGCCUGGCAGUUCGGCGGACAGAAGGUCACCGAGCGGGGGAUGGUACGAUUCUGUCUCGAGUUCCCGAAGGAAAAAGAUGUAGGACCAAAGGAGGAUAUCCUGAGUAAAAACCUCCCCAUACCAGAGUCAAAAUGGAAAAUCUGCUAGACAAAUCGGCCAACUUUGGUUGUUUGGCAUGACAAGUUUGGGCUCGUAGUGCAAUCCUUUUGAGCUAGUGCAGGAGGAUGACAGAUCUAGCAUAUCAUGCUGAUUCUAGCAUUACAAAAUCCAAAACGCGGCUAGAUAAUGCUUCUCAUGGGGUUCCGCAUGACAAACUUUUUUGGCACGCAGGUUUGCGUGACAACUCUGGGGUGGGGACGUUUUUACACAGGAUAGAGGACACCAUCGGGGAGCAGGAGUUGCAUCCUCCAGAAGAAGAUAAAAAAUCCUGUGCCGACAACGAUGUAGUUCAUCGGGGGAUUGCUGCGAGUUCUUGUGAGAUUUCUGAUCACGACAUCGAACCACCAGGAGCCUCGUCUGUGAGCAAGAAAAUGCUGUUGGACGAGUCCCCCGGCUUUCCCGUCGCGAAUCCGGCUUUUCUCCGGCAGAAAACCCGGUUUUUCUACGCGGUGACCAGCACCGCGUUUUCCAGUCUCUCGCGCGUCGACGCGGAAACGGGCGAAACAAAGUAUCAAAUGUAAAAAUGUCUGGGUCUGGAAACUUGUGAUGCUGAGUGGCGAAUCGUGAGGAGGCCACAAGUGCUGGCCGAGCAUGACAAGUUUCUGAGGUUCUAGGUGUUGCCUAUUCUGCAUGACAAACUGCGUUUCUGCAUGACAGAAAAAUGGGGCUUUUGGGUGACGCGCACGACAGAUUUACGGGUCAUGCCAGACAAGCAUGACAAACAUGCAUUCUUCCAGACCCAGACAUUUUUACAUUUGAUACGAAGGAGUGGAAGCUGAAACACGGGGCCCAGAACCAGUGGCAGGUGUCGGAUAUCAAAUGUAAAAGUGUCUGGGUCUGAAAGAUUGCCAGGUUUGUCAUGCACAUUUUGCAUGACUUCUGAUGUCUGUGAUGCAUGCCCUAGCAUCACAGAUUUCGUGAGGGCUUCCUGAUGCCUUUACCGCAUGACAAAUGCUCUUUCCGUGUAGCAAAACUUGGACUCUCUUUGCUGCUCAUGCAAUACAGAUAUUUUUAGAAUCCAAAAUCAGCAUGACAGGUUGCAGCCUUCCAGACCCAGACAUUUUUACAUUUGAUAUCGGAGCCGCAGUUCGUGCCGCGGCGGGGGGAGGUGGCUGGGAAGGAAAAAAGCGGGGAAAGUUUGACGUCCUUCUUGUCCCGCGCACGCGCGGCCGGCCAGUACCCCCCGGGUAGCGCGGAACUGGAUGGGGUUUUGCUCGUUGCGGCCAACGACAUCACCGAGGAGCGGAGCUACCUACUUGUGCUAGACCCCAGCACGAUGGAGGAGCUGGCGCGGAUCACCGCACCCAUCGACGUCAAUUACGGACUGCAUUCGCAGUUCGUCGGCCCCGAGUCUCCGGAAGUGCUGCCACUGAAGUGGUAGUAGAAAGGGCGAGAUCUUUUUGUCCUGCUGCGUUCUUUAUUUCACAGGGCUGUUGUGGGUCGGUUUCUGUGGUGGUUGAUCUGCAGAAGACUGUCUGAAACCCAUUACCAGCGUUGCUGUGCAGUUGUUUCCAACAGAGUACUAUGCAAAAGAGAAUAAACAGAAAAGCAGCUUCUUGUUCACAGCGUUGCCGCAGCGGUGCAAGGGUUGCUAAUCGUUUCGCUAUUUUGAUCUGCUAAAUCUACGUGUACUUAAUCUUUCUUGGACUCUUCAGUUGCGUUAAAUACCGUGUCCAAAAAGGUACAUGAAAAGUGAUUUGUCGACCCAAUGUGCAGAUGGGUUUGGAAUUGUAUUACCGAAUUGAGAAUAAAGCGAGAAUGUUUUGCGUUCGAAAAUGUACAUGAACGAAAGAAGGCAAUGAGUUUUUCCGCAUUGCUACAAGUCUUGCUGAUAGAGAUAGAAAAGAGUAUUGAAAU